AUGUUUGGUAAUAAAAGUUUUAUAUAUGGUACCAGUCAAUGCAAUCAACGCAUCGAAUCAUGGUGGUCUAUGCUCAGAAAGCAUUCAGCUCAGUUCUGGAUGAAUUUGUUUCAGGGAUUAAAAGAAGAUGGCCAUUUUACAGGUUCUGCAUUGGAUAAGGCAUUAAUACAGUUUUGUUUCUUAGGAAUUUUGCAGGAAGAACUAGAUCAAAUAGUAUACGAAUGGAAUACUCAUUCCAUAAGUGGUUCACGAAAUGCAGUAUCACCUCGAGGACGUCCUGUAAUAAUAUUUGAAUUACCAGAAUUAUAUCAUACCACCAAUUUUUUAUGUGACUUUGACAACCAACUAAUUGAAGCAUGUGAAAGGGAAUGCCAGUACUUUAAAAUGCCAUGUGAAACAGAUAUUUAUGAAUUGUGUAAAAUUUUAAUGAAUGAAAAAAAUAUUGAAAUUCCUCAAGACGCGUAUGCAGCGGCAGAACUAUAUCUCAAACUAAAAUCCACAUUUUUAGAAUUUAACAUUAACUAA